CAAAUAUAGUUUUUCUCCAUUUAUUUUUCAUUAAUUAAAUUAUUAAAAGAUAGAAAGCAUGUAACGUGUUCGAGUAUAUAUAUAAUAUGCUCCCCAAAAUACAACCUUUCAAAUAUAUCAUCAUAUUUUACAAAGCUCUUUUCUUUUUCUUUCUUCUUCUUCUUCUCCGUUAUAAGGUUGUGUAUUUUUGCUUUUCUUCUAAGCUGAAUAUUCAUUCAUAAUGAACAAAGAAGCAGAGAAAAUCAUUUCAGAAAAUCAAAGAGUUGAUAAUAAAUUAUUAUUAGCUCAAAACGACAGGUGGGUUAUGAACAUGGAAAGCUGUAAUAAUAAUAAUAAGGAUAUUAAUAUUGAGUCAAGAUCUAUAGAUUCAUCACUAGACUCCAUUGAAUCAUCAUCUUCCUCAGAGUUAGUAGAGGAUGCUUCUUCUUCUUCUUCUUCUAAAUCAAGUUCAUCAACAUCAAUAUCAUCAUUUUCUUCUUCAAAUAAUGGUCCACUAUACGAAUUAUCCGAGCUCAUGGUCCAUCUUCCUAUCAGAAGAGGAUUGUCUAAGUAUUAUCAAGGGAAAUCUCAGUCUUUCACAUCUUUAGCAAAUGCUGUAAAUGUUGAAGAUCUUCCCAAAAAGGUUUCACCUUACAGAAGAAAAAUGAUGAUGAAGUCAUGCAAGAGCUAUGGAGGGGGAUUAGAUAGCAAAUUACACUAUCCCAAGGGUCUCAUAUCAAAGAAAUCAACAGCAAGAGGAUCUUUAUUAUUUUCUAGGCACCUUUAGUUAAUUAUGGCUUUUAUCCUCAUAUUAUAACAAAUUCAAAUUUUGCACUUUUAGUUUUCCUUACUAUAAAAUACUAUGUCAUUUCGAGCACUAGUUUCUUUUUUUUCUUUUUUUUAUUUUAGUUUCUUUCUUGUUUUAAAUGAUAUAACUUUUUUUUUAACAAUACUUUUGAGAUGGUUUAAAAGGAAUUGAGUAAUCAAGCUGGGUACCCUUUCUGUUUCA